AUGAUUCCUCCGGCUGAUUCUCUGCUGAAAUAUGACAACCCAGUCUUGGUGAGCAGAAACACAGAAAAGAAGUCUCCAAAGGCACGGCCCCUGAAAGUGGCUCCACAACAGCCUGCCAUGACUGGCCCUGUGCCACCUCCACCCAAAUCCAAGACCCCCUCAGCUGAUACAAACAAACAGCAAACCGAGGAGAUCCUCAAUGCCAUCCUACCACCCAGGGAAUGGAUGGAGACCAACCAGCUGUGGGUGCAGCAGGUGUCCAGCACGCCGUGUACCCGCAUGGAUGUGGUGCACCUACAGGAGCAGCUUGAUCUGAAGCUGCAGCAGAGACAGGCCAGGGAGACGGGCAUCUGCCCAGUCCGCAGGGAGCUCUACUCCCAGUGCUUCGAUGAGUUGAUCAGACAGGUAACCAUCAACUGUGCUGAGAGAGGACUGCUGUUGUUGCGUGUGAGAGACGAAAUCCGUAUGACCAUUGCUGCUUACCAGACACUGUACGAGAGCAGUGUGGCCUUUGGCAUGAGAAAAGCCCUGCAGGCUGAGCAGGGCAAGUCUGACAUGGAGAAGAGGAUCUCCGAUUUGGAGAACGAGAAGCGGGACCUGGAGAGACAGGUUAACGAGCAGAAGGCCAAGUGUGAGGCCAUUGAGAAGAGGGAGACUGAGAGACGGCAGGUGGAGGAGAAGAAACACACAGAGGAGAUUCAGUUCCUGAAGAGAACCAACCAGCAGCUCAAGGCCCAGCUGGAGGGGAUCAUUGCCCCCAAAAAGUGA